UCCACUAUGACAUAAAUUAAUCAGUUGCACCUGACUACCUAACAGCCGACAUUCACGUCCAAAACCUGUCGCUUCCGCCAACAGAUGGCACCACCACCUCCGUAAACAAAUACUUCCACCUGGAAAAUUACGAAUAUACAGACGAAAUACCUACACUCCGUAAACUAACUACAAAAGUCUAGACUGCAAUAUCCCUCAAAAACAACACAGCUCAAAAUACAGUCAUAUAAACACAAACAAGAAAACGCAAAAGACAAGCAAAGGAACCGGAAGUAAUUAGUCCAAGUGUCUGCGAGUGAGUCCUAAUUCGGGGUCAGUCAGCAGCAGUGCGUCAAGGUGCAAAGGUGUGGAGUCAGAAGUGGCAGUUUUGCAAUACUGCAUGUGGUUAUUUGGAUCUUUAGAAUUGGAGGGAAAUGACCUAGGUGUCUUCUGCGACUACACAAUAUCCCGAUUUAGUCUUCCAUACACUGCGUGUGGGUCUUCCAGUUUUGAAAAAUUACCACGUGUGUGUACGUGGUGUUAUAGCAUAGUGGUAUACAUUUGCGUAAGACGGUUCCUAAAGUCAAACCCUGCUAAAAUGGGGGAUGCAGAGUACAACAUUCUAUUAUGUCAUGGGUCCAGUAAAUACGAGGUGGUGGUUUGGGGUGCCAUGACCUUGGCUGACUUGGCCAGUAAGAUUGAGGCAGUGACUCAUAUCUCGCAAGCCAGUAUGAAGAUCAUAUUCAAAGGGAAAAACCUGGCCGACCCAGGCGUGACCCUUGCCAGCUACGGCAUUGGGCCUGGGGCAAAGGUUAUGGUGUUGGGGAAGAAAUAUGACCCUGAGGACGAUGCUAGUUAUCAAGCUGUGGCGCAGAUUGAUUAUUCAUGCUCGGAGGUGGAAAAAAAGCUGAACGACUUAUUGCCUGAGGUCGACAGUAUUGCUAAUGGCUACAUGGAACCUCAUUUGUGUGGAGAAGCGCUAGGGAAGUUGAAGAAACAACUGCUUGGGGUGAAUGAGGAGUUCAUGAGGUUACUGGAACGACUCGAUGGAAUAUCCUUCGAGGAGAACCAAGCACCGGCAAGACAGAAGAGGAAGUCAGUUGUCCAGAGAAUCCAGCAUUUAAUGGAAAGGACGGACCAAGUACAAGAAAACAUUAAUCACCUAAUUAAGAGCUAUUCCUAGUAACAGCUAAGAUCUUAGCUUUGUGAUGAUAUGCUCCAAAAACAAGUAGGCAUUGGUGGUUCUUUUUUUUUUUUGCCGAGUUUGAUGCUGUAAUCUAGUGUGUGGCAGAGUUGAAACGGCUAUGGCAUUUACAAAUGUCUUGCACUUUUUUUUGUAUAUAUAUAUAAUGAAAGUGAUAAUAGCAGGAUUAUUAGGAUAAUAUUGUUGAUUAUUCCAGAUGCCCAACUAAUUUCACACGUACCUUCAUGGAAUUGAUGUAUUUGCUUUGGUGUGCAUGAUAUUCAUGUACUAAUUUUUAUUUUAUUUUAUUCGUUUUUCUUAAUACUUCCAUUAAGAUGUUCAGUUCUGGGACCACAGUCAUGGGAUUCUGUUUUCAUGCUACGAUUUUGAGAAUUCUGUAGUCCUUUUGAAUUUUUGUGGAAUGUAAAAAUUUUUCCCAUUCUUUUUUUGCUUAGCCAUUUUUUCUGUUGUUUUUGCAUUAUGUGUUUACUACACCUGCUUUUAUGGGAUUUUCUGUUUUGUUUUUAUUUUUAUUUAUUUGUUUUUAUAAAGACGUUUUAAAGAGAUAGUCCACUCUUAUUGUAGGAAAAGGAAUGAUUGUAUAUUUUUUGUUAUAUUUUCUUUUUUGGUUGGUAUUAUUUAACUUUUCAUUUUUUUUUAGAUUUUAUUAUUUAUUCAUUAUCUUUUUUAGAAGAUUGAGUAGAACACUGUAUUUUAUAGUUAGAUAAAGAUUACACACAUGCAUAUUUCCAGAAACAAAAACAAAAUUGUACAUUAACCAUUAGAAAAAAUAGGUUGAAUAUUUAGUUUUUAGUAGUAUAUAUUACUCUAUCUAAUAGUGAAUAUUUAUAAUACCAGAGAUGUGAAUUUCUAUAUAAUGUUAUACUAUGGCUAGUUAUACAUAUUUGGUGGAUUAAAGAAAUAUAGGUUGCAGUCAUAUUAAGGUGCAGCUAAGAAAGAGAGAAACAGAAUGUCAAUUGCUUAAGAAAUAUUCUCUUCAGACUUUUACGUCAAUGAUUUGCAGCUUUCCUUGAACAUUGUCGGAGAGAGAAAAUUGGUCUGCUUUGGUAUCUAUAAAACAAAAGGAAAAGAAAAUUAUUGACCUUCAUCUCUGUGAUUUAUGUCAAGUUUUCUGGAACAUUAAACUUGCCAUGUGGCCUCUGGAGUUACUGACUGACCUAGCUGCUCCAGUCAGCCAGUCAGUCAGGUGCUCCAGUUAGCCAGUCUGUAUGUCGGUCUGUCAGCAGCUUCAAAGUCAGAGUGGAAGUCUAACGUUCAGAAAAGCAGAGAAACACACUACAAACGUUGUCUCAGUACUAACCCCUUUCUAUGAUUCUCAAAGAAGGGCAGUCUUUGUGAUGCAGCUUCAGGAGUGCUUUGUGUUGAGAGCACUUGCUAAAAAUCCUGCCAUCAGUUUUUAUGUUGGGGAAUAUUAACAAAAAACAAAAAACAAAAAAAACAUGUCCAGUACAAUUCCCCUGAAGGUUUUACAAGUUGAAUUUUAAAAUAUAUACACCAUAUUGCUAUGUACCUGAAAGUGAUUAGAACAGGUAGAUAUUAAUUCAGGUAUCAAUUAAAUGAAUAGUGUAUUUUUUGAAUGUUACCCAUUCUCGUAUCUUGCCUUACGACGGCUAUUGAGUGUUGAACUGAUUAUAGAAUUUUUUUUCUCUGUAGAUAACGAGUAUAGUUUUGUAAUAUGUUAUAGAUAUAUUUAUUAAUUAUUAUUAUUUUUGUAUUGUUUCUUUCCCUUUUUGUAGGUAGAGUUAAGCCAUUGGUUCAUAAUAUUAUUUUAUCCUCAUUUCACCCCUAAAAAUGGAUUAUUGAAUUUCGUGUAGAUAAUUUGAAGCCCUCCUGCUUGAAACAAACAAACAUUUGAUUUCCCUUGCCAUGCAAAUGGUCCUGAACUCAGUAUCUGGAAUUGCAGUGCAAAUUUUAUUGAAUGAAAAACUGUGCUGUAUUAUAGAUACCAUUUUAUUAGAGAAAUUUGAAUAAUAGUUGGAAGUGCAUUAGAAUAUCAAAAUCCUGAACGAAUAAAGACUUAUUUUGCUUUUAUAAAAAAAAAAGCAAAGACAAAACUGCUAUAUCAUUCUUAGAAUUAUAUGAAUAUAAAUUAUCCAGAGUUUUUGUUGUAAAGAAUUACCUUGUUGCAAAUGGGAAUCAUGAAUGCAUCCGUCUACCAUGUACAUAACUUCUGGGUAUGAUGUAUGUGCUUAAUGGAGCUUAAUAACUUACUAAUUUAUUAAACUUCUCAUAAAUGCUUAAAUAAUGUGGAGGUAAAAGUUUCAGUAUGGCUUUUGGUAGCACUAUGAAAAAUCCGAACACUUGCUAUGCCUAUGUCUUGGUUCAACACACUCAGCGUUAGACUAGUCACAAUUCAAGUAUUGGUUUAUUAAUUGUAAAAUACAAAGAAAGCAAAGACUUUUUUCCAGACAAUUCUUUUCUUUUGAGGUAGUAUCUGUACCAUUAAAAGUUACUAAAAUAUGUUGAGUUUAAUCGUAUGAUGUAAUGAUUUUAUAUUAUAGCUCUCAGGAAUAGUAAUAACAUUUAUGUUGCUAUGUUGACUUGUCAAACAUAUUUUAGUUACUGGACUUUAUGGAUAUUCAUAUAUGUAUUUGUGAAUACUGCUCUCUGACAGAUCGAGUUCCUUUUGUAGGAGAAUAGUAAAGGAUAUUUGAAAACCUUUAAGUUUACUAUUACUUGGUUAAUAUUUUUAGUGCUUUUGAUAAAAAUGACAAAGACGUGUAUAUGAGGAGAAAAGAUAAUGUGAAACGAUGACUAGGUUGUUUAGAUCUGAUACAUUGAGUGAUGACGUAGGUGGUUCUCUUCGUUAAUGUAGCAUUUGCUUUUGUUUCCAAGAAAAUCAGUGAUUCUCAAGAAUUAUGCAUUGUUGCGAGUGUAUAAAAACCCUUGCACUGAAUAUUUUCUAUUGCACACCGAUAAU